UUGCCAUUGUUGAGUAUUAAGAAAAAUGUCGCACUCUCUGAAGUUAUAAAGAGCAGAAUAACAACGAGAAAACACAGCAUCCCAAUCAUUGAAAUCAAAACAAAAAGGAAAGGAAGGGUCUAUUUUCUUCACAAAGACAAUGAGCUCCGAUUCUUCAAUAGCCAAGAGGCUGGAUGGCAAGGUGGCAAUGAUAACUGGUGGUGCCAGUGGCUUAGGAGAGUGUACAGCCAAACUAUUUGUCAAAAACGGAGCCAAGGUUCUGAUCGCUGAUAUUCAAGACGAACUGGGCCGCUCCGUUUGCCAAGAGCUUGGAACUGAAAACAUUAGCUAUGUCCACUGUGAUGUAACAUGCGAAUCCGACGUCGAAAAUGCCGUAAACUUGGCUGUCUCCAAGUACGGAAAGCUCGAUAUCAUGUUCAACAAUGCAGGCAUUCCUGGUGACAAUGAGGUAAGAGUGACACAUGCCGGUACUGAGGACUUCAAGAGAGUGUUCGAUGUCAAUGUAUUGGGUGGUUUCUUGGGUGCCAAGUAUGCUGCCAGGGUCAUGGUUCCGGCUAAGAAAGGUUGCAUACUCUUCACAGCAAGUCUUGCUUCAAAAAUCUCCUUCGGUCUCCCCCAUGCAUACAAGGCAUCAAAGCAUGCCGUAGCAGGGUUGACGAAGAGCUUGAGCGUGGAGUUAGGUGAGCAUGGAAUUAGAGUUAACUGCAUUUCGCCUAAUGGAAUUGUGACCCCAAUGUUACAAAAAGCAAUUGGGAAUGUCGAUAAGAAGAAAGGAGAGGAGAUGGUUGCGGUUUCAGCCGUGUUGAAAGGCACCGUAUUGGAGCCUGAAGAUUUUGCGCAUGCAGCACUCUAUUUGGCAAGUGAUGAGGCCAAAUUUAUCAGUGGUGUUAAUUUACCAGUCGAUGGAGCGUAUAGUGUUAACAAUCAAUCAUGGAAGAUGGGAUUCGCAGCACUUUCUGAAUAAACCAACAAGUCCUCAGCUUUACUCUUUGAAUGUUUUCUUAAAUUUCACUUGUAAUAAAUUGUAUGGUCGGAUUUGAUCAAUACUGUUUGUUUUGUUGUUCAAAUGACCAAAUUAAGUUCAUCUUCUAAUCCAGGCACUAUUUGCUGACAA